AUGUCGCUGGCCGAAGAAUUGCUCGCUGAUUUUGACGAUGACGAUGAUGAGGAUUUUGAGAUGCCUGAAGACAACGAUGCGCCAGAAUUCAAGAAUGUUAAAAUGGAGGAAGAGGAAAUUGAAGAAGCCAUUGAAGAGCCAGCCGAUGGUGGGGUGAAGUACGAUUCGGUGCAUGACGUCGCGAAGUUGGCGAGGUCCGAACGGUAUUUGGAAUUGGUCCGACAACUUCACGCCGAAUUGGAGAGGCCCGCCGAUGAGGUUAAAGUGACGGCACCGCUCGAAGCGGACCCCCAAUAUCAGCUCAUCGUCAAAUUAUCGCAUUUGGCGGCCGACAUCGACAGCGAGAUCAAUGUGAUUCACAAAUUCGUUCGCGACAAAUACGAGAAGCGUUUUCCCGAAUUGGAGACGCUCGUGCCGAAUCCGCUCGAUUAUCUCGCCACCGUCCAAUUGUUGGGCAACGACAUCAACACGAAAGGCCAGAACAAGGAGUUGCUGAGUCGAAUUCUGGCGCCGGCGGCGUGCAUCGUCGUCAGUGUGACGGUGUCGACGACGCAGGGCACGAAAUUGGAGGCCGACGAGCUGCACGCCGUCACCGAGGCGUGCGAUUUGGCCGAACAACUGCACACGGAUCGCCUCUCGAUGCAUCGACUCGUCGAAUUGCGAAUGGCGCUGAUUGCGCCGAAUUUGGUCAAUUUGCUUGGCGCGUCGACGACGGCGCUUUUGGUCUCCCAAGCCGGCGGUCUUGCGCCGCUAUCGCGAAUGCCGGCGUGCAAUGUGCAAGUGCUCGGCAAACAGAAGAAGAAUCUCGCCGGCUUCUCGACGGCGACGAUGAAUCCGCACAACGGCUUCGUCUACUUCCAUCCGCUGGUCCAAUCGAUGCCGCCCGACUUUAAAGGGAAGACGGCGAAAAUUUUGGCGGCAAAAGCGACGCUGGCGGCGCGAAUCGACGCCCAACACGAAUCGCCGAGCGGCGAUCUCGGCAAAGAUUUGUUGGAGGAAGUUCGGAGGAAGAUGGAGAAGAUGCUCGAACCGCCGCCGGUGAAGGCCAACAAGGCGCUUCCGAAGCCGUUGGACAAGGCAAGCAAAAAACGCGGCGGUCGUCGAAUGCGCAAAAUGAAAGAGCGUCUCGGCAUGACGGAAUUGCGCAAAAACCAGAAUCGCAUGAAUUUCGGCGAGUUGGCCGAAGACGUGAUGCAAGAGCACAUGGGCUUCGAUUUGGGGCAGGCGAAAGGCGGCAAUGUGGCCGGCGGGCGAAUUCGCGCGGCCGUCGUCGAUCAGAAGACGCGUGUGCGAAUGUCGCAGAAGCUUCAACGACAAUUGGAGAAGCAGCGAGGCGGCGGCGGCGGCGGAUUGACGAGCGUUCGAAGCAAGAUCGCCGGAACCGCGUCGUCGGUGACGUUCACGCCCGUCCAGGGUUUGGAGAUUGUGAAUCCGUCGGCGCAGGAGAAGCCGCAGGCGUCGUCGUCGUCGUCCAAUUAUUUCUCGUCGUCGGGAAGUUUUGUGAAUAUUGAUCGAAUGACGUUGUAA